AAAAAGAAAGGGCAGCGCUCCCGUCAAAAUAAACAUAAAUGUGUCGCGCGGAAAAAGGUCCUUCGGGCUGUUUUUUCCCUUCGCAACAGGGACACGGUAGUGUGCUUUAAGCCGUGUAUGUGUGCAUGAGAGUGUGUGUGUGCGUGGUUGUAACAGUGAAUAUGAUUGAAUAAGAGAUAAACACACAACUUGUUCGUAUCCGUAUGCCAGCAUCCGUGUGCUUCCAGUUUGCUGUGCGUUCUAUUUCCCCUAGUGUCCUGCAGGCAAAUGCAGCUUUAUUGACACUGUUUGUCAAGAAAGCAGUACCGAGAUGGAGUUCUUUGUUUAGAUGUCCACCGAGUGUGUACCAUUAGCUACGGAAAGGGAAGUUGCGAAAUGAGUCAAAAAUAGACAAAUUAAGCAGCGGUAGUGUAUAGCUAGAAAGCUUGUCCCGGAGCGUCGUUCACUGGAAGUGUCUCAUUAGACUAGCGCAGGUAAACAGAGGCAAUCAGAGGCUACAUUUUCUUCGUUCUUCCACGCGCCAGAAGGUGGUACGGGGUAUUGCUGACGUAAAGACAACGGCACACAACUAGAGAUCAGCAGGAAGAUGCAUUACCGCCACGAGGAUAUUUUGGUGCCACACGCGCGGAAUAACCAUUCCCUGGGUGUAGCUGCAUCCGAUGCGAAAUAUGAACAAUCCAUCGUUUGGCCCUUCCUUAUUCAGAAUGCGAUGGAAAAUCCGCUUUGCACCUCGACCACGUCAACGACAUCGACCGUAUCCGUGCUGCUCUGGACGACGAUUGCGGUGUUCGGGAUUGUUUACACCUUGCUGGGAUAUCGAUGCCUACGCGCGAUAGGAUUCCUCACCGGAUUAGCGGCCGGUGCCGGUUGUAUAGUUCUGUUGCAGAACAAAAACAUAACCGGAUUCGGCAACCUAGCGGCACCAGCAUUGGCCGUUGUUGCUGGCCUGUUCGGUGCAGUACUCGGUUCGACACAUCCCAUCUCAUCCACACUGAUAGGAGCUUCCGCCGGUGCAUUAGUAGCCGGUGCAACGAUUGCCGCCUGCAUAGCCACGUUACCUCAUUACAUAUUUGGUGAGAACGAGCUGUUCGUAUCCGUCGUCGGUGGAGCCAUCAUUUGUGCCAUCGUGACACUGUUCUGCCCAAAGUUUAUGUCCAUCAUCGCAUCCAGCAUCAUCGGUUCCGCCAUGAUACUUUGCUCGAUCGAUUUCUUUAUGCAUGGACUGAACACGCUCGACUGGAUCUUCAACAUGAAGCCAGACCCCACGCCACCGCCGUGCUGGGGCGGUGUGAUCCUUUGCUGCUGGCCCAUCUCGUCCGUGCUUGGGGUGCUGGUGCAGAGCUUUGUUACCGCCUGGAAAAUUGACCACCGGCGUCAGCUACAUCACCGCCGGAGGCGACACUACAAGGGCCGGUCGGGUUCGAGAUCGCGCGAAACCCGGGAAGAGGCCCGCCAGCGCAAGUAUCGCUAUCUGUAUCAGGUUCGCACUGCCCGGGGCGAUAUUAUCUCGCAGAAUUUUGUGUCCGCCCUACAGAAGCAUGUUACCACGGAUUCCGGCCCACCAUCGGAAGUAUCCACGAAGCUAGGUUCGAACGAUCGCAACACAGCCCGCAGCGACCGCACCCAUCUGACGAACCUGCCCGAUUCCGACUUCGAUAAGAUGGAUUCGAGCUGCGAGAAACGUUGACAGAAGCUGUCGUCCGUGUCGGGUAAGUAGUACCGGUCGGGCGGUGUCGGACAUCGGCGCAGCGAGCGCCUUUCCCGGCAGUAUUCGAGCCGCAGCAUUGCCCAGGAGAUCGAUCGUGAACUGGCACGCACUAUGCCACCGGGCAGCGAUACCGAUCCUCGCUGAUUCAAUCAUCUGUUUUACGGUUUAGGUUAAUAUAAGUGUUUUUACGUUUAACGCAAUUACCACCAGUCGGACGGAUCUUUUUGAAACCCCGUGAAACAAAGAGCAAAACCAAACUUUAACGGUGUUCCAUUAGCAUUUAGGAUGUUGGGCAGGAGUCGAAAGCGAUUUACGAUUGUUUAUUGAAUGUGUUGCGUGUGCAAUAGUGCACACAGUUGGAUGAUUCCAAAAUUGAUAAAAAAGUGAUGCAAAAGAGGUUACCGAGAUGGGUAGAUGGAUGGAGAGAAGGAAAUACAUUGUAAAUGACAAGUGUGACAAACGAAAAAGAAUAAAAAAAUGAACGCGGGAACAAUACAAAACAAUUGUAAAGUGGGUGCUCGAAGAGCAAACUGCAAGUGGAAAUCCGUGACAUGGAACGCUAGAACUCAAAGAGCAAGAUUUGCACAAGCAAGACAGGGACAUAGGCUACACGAAAUGUUGCGCGAGAAAUAUCUCUAUAGUGAAUAAAAGUUUUACAAAACCUUAAUCCUUAAUCGACAUUUAUACUGCAGUAAGGGUGAAGACGAUGGGCGUCAGUGAUUAUCUUCCGCGAGAUUGAAUCUAAUUCAUGAUUUUGAACUGUAGUAGCAAGCUAAUGACUAAAAUACACACUCACACGAUAAACCAAGAUAAAGCGAGCGAAGCAAAACGUAAAACCAAAGCGCAGACAAAACGAUGCAAGGCGAGAACGCGAGCGUGACGAGGUUGGUUCACAUAAAAGUAAUCUUAUAAAGGGUAAAUAACACAUAAAACAUCGUAAAUCUCAUGCAAAGUUUUGCAAAACUCAACGCUCUUAAUCUAAAGGAAAUGAAAGAUGAAGCAACAAAAGCACAAAUCGCACGCCAGGCGAGGCGAAUGCAUGCAUUUAAAACAGAAAUAACUUAAUCGUUAAAUAAGCCCAAAGUUAAAGGAAAGAAAUGGAAUCGAAGCUGUACAAUGAAUAAGUAAAGUAUGAUACGAAAGCGCAUGAAAGAAUAAGCAAUGAGAUAUUGAAACAAAACAAAAAAUACAAAGAAACGGAACCGUCUAAUGGUUCCACCCUCUCCAAAAGAAUCAGAAAUGUAAGAAAAAGCUAGUGAAAUGUAUUUUCUGUUGCAAUAAACAUAAUACAUAACUAGACUAGGUUAUCAAAAACGGUAUAAGGAAAUAAAGGACAGAAACAGAAAGGAAAAAAAACAGAAUUGUAAAAUGGUGCAGAAACGCAAUUGCAAAAAUGGGGCUUUCAACACACACCAGCUCGUAAGAGAUGCAUAGAAAUUCUGUUUGGAACUUGUAAAGAGAACAAAACGGAAGGGCAAAGAAGGAAACCCACGUGUACAGUUGUAGGGCUAUUCGUUCAGUGUGUAACUACGCGCAUUAUAUCGUUCCAGUGACUAGUGUGACUAACUGUUGUUCUCCUUCUUUUUUGUGGUUUGAUUUUAACCUUUUUAUCGCAACGUAUCGAGUGGUUUCGUACGCGCUCCCGCUACUAUCGAAACCAUUCACUUAAAGCCAGUGUUGUUCGUUUAUUAAAGAUAAACAAUUCUUAAAGUAACUAAAUGCAGCAAGCAGACAUGGUAUAAAGUUAAUGGCAAGCUAAAUUCGAGGGCAAAUUUGAAUGAAGAAGAGUAGUACACUUAGUGGAAAAUUUAAUUCGGCCGCGGUGGGGUAAACGAAACUGUGAAACAAUAAUGCGAACUGUGAAGGUUUAGUAGAAUGGAAAAGGAAUUAUGAAACGGAGUGUGCAGUGUGGAGAAAGGAUUUUAUCGAAUUGUGGUACAUAACGGUGGGAGUCGAAAGAAAACGGUGCUGUAACGACGAAGGAUUCGUUCCAAUGCAAAUGCAGAGAGGUUGUGCUUCGCAGUAGACAAGAAGAAAUGGACGAACAGGAGACACACUAGCGGACAGAAGUAUUCCGAAGGCAAAAGGAUAGCUACUUAAUGGAUGUGUAUAGGUUUAUAAUGGAAGCUCAAAUAUAUAAACAACAUAUUUUGG